CUCUCACUCUCUCUGCCUGUCUGCCUGUAUAAAAUCCCUGCUCUCUUCCCUCAGAGGGCUUUGUGACUGCGCAGAGACAGUGAAAGAGACAUACUCCAACCACCUCUCUCUCUCUUCUUGCACACGCUCAUACGCGCGCGCGCGCACACACACAGACAGGCACAUGCAAGGAUCUUCCUGCCUGACCACUCCGCUCCACACCACCCACCCACCCUGGGCAAACCGGACUGGUGAAGAGGAGUACUGCAGCGACCAAACCCCUGUGCCAGCUUUCGCCUCUUCAUAGCUUUUACCUAUUUUUUUUUCUCCUCAAGCCAAUUAAAUUAUGAACCUGUCUUUUGCUUGUUGCUAAGGGAAGUAAAAUAAAGAGGAGUGGACAAGCGUUAUUUUGUUGCUAAGGACAGGACACGCCUGGCAUGGCACAGGGGCCCCGGGACCAGGGGGCCGUGGGGACGGCCGACCCGGACGAGGAUUCUCCCAACAUGAUUGUCUACAGAAAGAUAGAAGAUGUCGUCAGCAAGAUGCAGGACGAGAAAAUCGGCGGCGUUCCCGUCCGGACGGUCAAGAGCUUCCUGUCCAAGAUCCCCAGUGUAGUCACAGGCACAGAAAUUGUUCAGUGGCUGAUGAAAAACCUUUCCAUUGAGGAUCCAGUCGAAGCCAUUCAUUUAGGAGGCCUCAUUGCUGCCCAAGGCUACGUCUUUCCCAUUUCUGAUCACGUCCUCACACUGAAGGAUGAUGGGACAUUUUAUCGCUUCCAGGCUCCAUACUUUUGGCCGUCAAACUGCUGGGAGCCAGAGAACACAGAUUACGCCAUUUACCUGUGCAAACGGACCAUGCAGAACAAGGCCCGGUUGGAGCUGGCAGAUUAUGAGGCAGAAAACCUGGCCCGGCUGCAGAGGGCGUUUGCCAGGAAGUGGGAGUUCAUUUUCAUGCAGGCAGAGGCGCAGGUCAAGAUUGAUCGGAAAAAGGACAAGACAGAUCGCAAGAUCCUGGACAGUCAGGAGAGGGCAUUCUGGGAUGUCCACCGGCCUGUGCCAGGCUGUGUGAACACCACGGAGAUGGACAUCCGCAAGUGCCGGCGUGAAAAAAACCCACAGAAGGUGAAGAAGUCGGUGUACGGGGUGACGGAGGAGGCACAGUCCCAGAGUCCUGUCCACACGCCCUCACAACCAGCGAGGAAGACCACCAAAGAGGACGUGCAGAAGGAGAUCUCAUUUUUAAACACCCAGCUGGACAGGCACUGUAUGAAAGUGUCCAAAGUAGCUGACAGCCUGAUGAGUUUCACAGAGCAGUUCAUGGACUACGACCCAUUUGUGACCAUACCAGAGCCUUCCAACCCCUGGAUAAGUGACGACACCACCUUCUGGGACCUGGAGACCAGCAAAGAGCCUAGCCAGCAGCGCGUCAAGAGGUGGGGCUUCUCGCUGGACGAGGCCCUCAAGGACCCCGCGGGGCGAGAUCAGUUCUUCAAGUUCCUGGAGUCGGAGUUCAGCUCGGAGAACCUACGGUUCUGGUUGGCAGUGCAGGACCUAAAACGGCGCCCCCUACAGGAUGUACCCAAUAGAGCCCAGGAGAUCUGGCAUGAGUUCUUGGCAGAGGGAGCCCAAAGCUCUAUCAACCUGGAUUCCCACAGUUAUGAGCGAACCAGCCAGAACCUCAAAGAUCCAGGCCGCUACAGCUUUGAAGACGCCCAGGAGCACAUCUUCAAGCUGAUGAAGAGCGACAGCUAUGCUCGAUUUCUGCGCUCCAAUGCCUAUCAGGACCUCCUGCUGGCCAGAAAGAAGCAGCCUGAGAGUGAGCAGGGGCGCCGCACCUCCCUGGAGAAGUUCACGCGCAGUGUGGGAAAGUCGCUGACGGGGAAGCGGCUGACAGGCCUCAUGCAGUCCUCCUGACAAGGCCUGGGACCGGACUAGCGCGGAGAGCCCAGAGUCGUCACUGUCGCGCGGGGAGAGGGACGCCAGCGAGACUGGAGUUUAAGGGCCUGCGGAGGGGUGCACUGUGACAGUUGAGACAAACCAGACUCCUCCCUCACCACCUCGCACAGUCCCUGCACUUGCAAGAUAGCGAGCAAUAAGUUGUCAAUAAAACGAACAGGACACUGCUGUCUCUGUAAUUUAUGAACAAAAAAGUGACUUUUGCAUUUAAAUCUAUAAACAUAUUUAAAUCAAAAUGACUAUAGAACUUGCCUCUAAGAUAGUUCAUACUACAAGCUAACUGAAGGACAUAUACAUAGAUUUUAUUUUAGAUUCAGAGUAAUUGGUUUAUCAUGAGUUUAUCAUAACUUCUUUGUAAUCUGGCUGCAGGCAUUAUUGGUUGUUUUAUUUGUUUUUUGGAGGCUGCUUCAAAUUGACAGUUGGAGGGAGACUCUGAGGAAAAGUCUGUUUGCUUCAGAACAUUCCAAGGGCAGAACGCCAAAAGGGCUCGACAGAGAUUACAAUGUAUAGCUGCAUGCCACCUAAAAUGUGUCUGUCUGUAUUCUAGCUAAGACUGUAUAGAGUAAACGGAAAUCGAUAUAAUCAUGUUGUGUGCAAUGGUACAAAGACAACAGUGGAUGCUGGGUUAAUUAAUACAAAAGCAUGUCAGCAGAAGGUUUUAUCCACUAUUAAAAAAGAAAAGAAAAAACUAAACAUAAUACCCUGCACUGUUGUAUCCAACAGAAAAUCAAGCUGUAGUGUACUACGAAGUAUGCAGGAAUGAGGGAUAUUUUCUUCUAACAUCCAACAUGGAGCUUGUAAGCUAAUGUCAUUUUAUAAGGACAUUAAUUGACGAUGUACAAAAGUAACAUAUCCAUGGAGGUGAACUGAUGAUGUCAGAGCUGAUGAAACUUGACGCCCAACAAAAGUGUUCCACACCAAAGCAAGGUGGUAUUUCAGUGAUUGCUUGCCAUGCCAGCCAGGAUUCAUAAGGGAUCGUGUCAAAUUGGUGUCAUCGUCUUGAGUGUCAUCUUGUCUUUAGAUUCGACUGUUUGUCACAGGAUUACAGAAUUAUGAUUUUGAGGUCGAUUAGCUUAUCUCAAAAAGCAGUGGGGAAAAAAAUCUGUGUAGCUGGCAAUCUGAGGCAUUCGAUGAAAUAUACCAGUCUGUAUAUAACACCCCAGUAGGAAUAUUAGCAAUACAGAGGCAGGAAUCUUGCUGAACUGCAUCAUCACUGAACAAAGUAGUUUAUUGAAGUUCAAAGUGAUUUGUGCUGCACCCACACUAAAGUGAAAAAGUAUCUUGCCAAUGUGGAAAGUCUGUUUGUUCAUGCUGUGAUCCAGAUCCAAGUUCAUACCCAGCAGUAAAGCAUAUCCAAUAUGUAAAAAAAAAAAAAAAAAAGAUUGUUUAGCUGCGUUCAACUAUGAAUGCUUUAUGAUCCAGCCCGGAAAAGCGGGGCCUCGGUCGACUGCUGUUUAGAAAACAGAAGAGUUACUGCGUCGUCUGUGCUUUAAUUUUAAAACUGUUAACACAAGCUGAAUGUACCGGCCGAUUCCACAGGUUUUAAACCCUAUAAGGACGCUGACGCUGUGCGAUCCAGAGACAAAUGUCCUGGGACUGGAGUGCGUGCCCAUAGCCUUUUCCUGGCACUUCUGGUGCCGUGGGACUCACUGUCUGCUGUUGCACUGUAUGUUGCAUGAGAGAAAUGUUCUGAGAGGUAGGCAUUAUGUACUUUUACACAACACAACAAAUGUACCAAAAUCUGUGCGGUUUGAGAGUCGGACAUGUGUACAGCUUUUGAGUGUCCAUUCACCGAAUGGACAGUCCCUGUAUUUGUGCAUGCUAGUUGACAAAGAACUUGCUGUUACGCUAGAGUCUGGUACAGGUAACGGGGCCCCCAGGCCUCUGAGAAAGAAGAGUGAUGCACGAGACAGCCCAGCCCAACCUUUUUUUUUUCCAAAGACAACCAAGCUGUCAGCAUUGCAUUGCCCCAGCACAUCACCUGCCACCCGCCGAGUCAGUUUCUCUGGAUUCAAAACCGUAGACUGUGGAGCUGCAGCUGGAUGCAUGGACAGAUAUUUCAUAUCAAUCCACUUAUUGGACUGGAACGUUCCAUCCUCAUUCCUCCUAAUUGGACUGGGAGUUCAUACCCGGGUGAAGAGGAUAUAAAUAUCAGAGGGCCAAUAUAUAAUACCCUCAUAUGAACACAACUACUCCCCUCCCCGAACAGCAUGCACCAGCUUAUCCUUUACACAAGGCCCAAAAUGACUAAGGGCAGCUUCCAUAAACUACAGCUCCCUCUAGUGGACAGCCUUGGGAGGAAGGACGUCGCCAGCAUAACCACUGCCAGAGACCAUUCAGAAUUAUACUGACUGUGACUGGAGGACUGCUUUGGUGACUUUUGUUUUUAAAAUCUUUUUUAUUUUUAUGGUUCAACUGCACUGUACAGAUUCAUAUUGUAAUUCUAAUUAUCAUCAGCUGCUGUUGACCUCCUGGUCAUGAGAUAGAUAUGCUUAAUUUAUUCAUACAGACUCCAGUUAAAUGUAAUAUUUCCAACAAAUGUACAGUAAAACUGCAUAUAGAAAGUGUGCUGUAUAAAUUCAACACAUAAAAGCACAAAAACUGGUAUGGGCACACAACUAUGCAUGUGAUAUUUCUGGGCGAUUCCUGCUUUUAGUUACUCAAUCAAAAAGAUGACUAUUCGUGGGUUAAAAGACCCAAGAGCCUGAUAUCUUGUAGCCACCAAAUAAACUUUUGGACUUAUGUCUACCUGA